AUGCCACGCCGCUCAAAAAACAGCACGGACGGCGCCGUUUUCACUUAUCAUGAACGUCUCAAGAUGGACCACGGCUCUCUCCAUCGCCGCCUUCCCGGUGACGCCAUGAAGCCCUGGGACCGCUGCGCCCUGGGUCUCUCCCGCCCGAAGGACCCCGUCGUAACGCCCGACGGCGUACUCUACGAGCGUGAGGCAAUCCUCCGCGAUUUGCUACGACAGCGCGACGAGGCGCGCCAGGCCCAGGCCGAGGCGACGAGACAGCGCGAGCAGAAGGAGGGGGAAGAGCUGGCCAGGAAGAGAGAGGCGGACAGAGCGGAUAUUGAAAGGUUUGAAGAGGCGCAGAGGGAGGUCGUUCGUGGGGAAGGACGUCCUGCUGCGGCUAGCGAUGAAGGGAAACAAAAGAGGAAAGCGAUUAAUGCUGACUCCAAUUUUUGGGUGCCGAACAUUCCCGUGCGUUUACCUGCGUCGCAUGAGCAGCUUCGCGCCAGUAAGAAGAGGGCUCGCAUAUCUUUAAAGACUAAAUGUCCGAUCUCGAAGAAGCCGUUGCGCUCUAAGGAUUUAAUCUCGCUCAGGCUGACGCCCAACGUUGUUGGCAGAGAGGACGGAAAGGAAGACAAGCCCAAUCACGCGGAUAAAUACAUGUGUCCCGUAUGUCAAGCGGUACUCGUCAACGCUGUGAAGCCUAUUGCGUUACGCACAGGGUCGGUGUUGUGUUCGCGUUGCGUGUCCCAGUUCGUCAUCAAGGAAGGGAAAGAUCCUUGCACCUCAGAUAACAUUCAUGUCGACACGGAUAUAAUUCCCAUUUUCAAUGUGGGGACCGCAUAUGCUGCGAGCGCCGGUGACGACCCCUCCUCGCUUGAAGCCUCUGUCUAUAGGCCGUCUGCGACUUGA